GAAGAGCACGAUUAUCUGUUAAAAAUAAUUCUUAUUGGGGAUAGCGGAGUUGGAAAAACCAGUUUAAUGCGCAGAUAUACUGAUGGAAUCUACUCUGAAGGUACUGCUUCAACUAUUGGCGUAGAUUUUAAAAUCAAAACCAUCACUGUAAAUUCAAAGCGAGUCAAACUUCAAAUUUGGGAUACAGCAGGCCAAGAACGAUUUAAAUCAAUUGUUUCAAAUUACUACAGAGGAGCAAAUGGCUUGAUAGUUGUAUUCGAUUUACUUAACAAAGAAUCAUUUGAUCAUUUGGAUAUAUGGAUCAAAGAUUUACAAAAAAAGAAUGCUACUGUGGGAUCGGAAAUAAUUAUUUUAGGAAAUAAGGUUGAUGAGAAAGAGCAUGUCCAAGUAACAAAAGAGGAUGUUUUGCCCUUUCUAAAAAAAUAUAGUAUACCACAUUCAAACUAUUAUGAGGUGAGUGCUAAAGAAAAUCUUGAAGUUGAGACUGCAUUUGUAAAUAUGACCUCUUCAUUGGUUGAAAAAUUUGAUAAGUUUGGAAAUGGGAAGACAUCUAAGGUUGCAUUUAAAAUAACUAGAGAAAGACAAUCUGAAAAGUCUAUAAUAGACUCUAUUGCAAAAUAUGCCAGGUCCUUAAGCUAUUCUACAACUCCAAGAAUUGCCGGUGGAUGGGUUAGAGACAAAAUAAUGGGGCUGGACUCUAAUGAUAUGGAUGUGUCUGUUGAUAAUGUGUCUGGAUUUGAAUUCGCAUCUGGGUUAGUGGAAAGUCUAUCUACAGAAACACCAAAUAUUCACAAAAUUUUAGCAAAUCCAGAAAAAUCAAAACACUUAGAAACUGCUGUUGUGAAGAUUUAUGGAAUGGAUGUAGAUUUUGUUCAUCUAAGGGACGAAACUUACUCAACAACUCGAAUUCCAGUAGUUAGUCGUGGUACAGCCAAAAGUGAUGCUAUGCGAAGAGAUAUUACCAUUAACUCCUUGUUUUAUAACAUUCUAACCCGUAAAAUUGAAGACUUUUCCGAAAGAGGUAUCUCGGACAUCAAAUUAGGAAUUAUAGAUACUCCUCUUGAUCCAAAAGUCACUCUUUUUGAUGAUCCACUACGAAUUUUAAGAAUAUUCAGAUUUCAGGCAAAAUUUGGAUUUACAAUUCAUAAAAGAAUUAUUGAAGCAAUCGAUGAUGAUAGAAUUCGUAAAGCAUUGAAAACUAAGGUUUCUAAUGAAAGAAUAUGGAAAGAAUUAUCCAAAAUGCUUGGCUAUAAACGGGGAAAUUUAGGAUUGAUUGAAAUCGCAAGA